AUGGCCUCCACCAACAGCUGGACCCUCGAGUUCGAGUCGCCGGUGGAAGCGCCACGCCUCUUUCACGCAGCCGUAUUGGACUGGCACACCUUGGCACCCAAGCUCGCACCCCACAUCGUCGCCAGCGCCCACCCCGUUGAGGGAGAAGGCAACAUCGGCAGCGUGAGGCAGUUCAACUUCACCUCAGCCAUGCCCUUUAGCCUCAUGAAGGAGAAGCUCGAGUUCCUGGACGAGAACAAGUGCGAGUGCAAGUCGACCCUCAUCGAGGGUGGCGGCAUUGGCACGGCGAUUGAGACAGCCACGUCGCACAUCAAGGUGGAGCCAACGGCCAGUGGUGGGAGUGUUGUGAAGGUGGAAUCGACUUACAAGCUACUUCCGGGCGUGGAGGUGAAGGACGAGAUCACCAAAGCCAAGGACUCCGUCACUGCCAUAUUCAAGGGCGCCGAGGCCUACCUCAUCGCCAACCCGGAUGCCUACAUAUAAAUCAAUUCGAUCACUAGGCGGAA